GACAUCCCAAAUGAUGAUAUUGUGGGAAAGCUAAAACUCAGUUUUGAUGGACUUACAAAGGUUGAGAAAGAGUUGUUCCUUGAUAUAGCAUGUUUUUUUAGGUGGGGGUACAAAGAAAAGUCAAUGGAGAUACUUGAUGCUUGUGGUUUUCAUCCUGUUAUAGGAGUGAAGGUGUUGAUACAAAAGGCUCUCAUAACUAUUUCAGAAGAUGGAGAGUUUGAUAUGCAUGAUUUGGUGCAAGAAAUGGGACAUCACAUUGUUAGAGGGGAACACCCUAACAACCCUGAAAAGCAUAGUAGAAUUUGGAAGAAGGAAGAUGCUAUAAAAAUAUGCUCUAUGGAUGCAACGACGGAACUUGAUAUGAUUGAAGCAGUCGGACUUGGAUUCUUUGUUUUUCCACUUGGGGAUAAUCUACCACUUGUUGCAAACGGGAAGAACCUUAGGUGGAUUCAAUGGCAAUGUGAUAUUGCAAUUCAUUUGCUUAGUAACUUUCCACAAAGGACGCUCUGUUGUCUAAUAUUGGGGUCUGGCCUUCAAAAACAACUAUGGGAGGGUAAUAAGUUUCUGCCAAAUUUGAAGAUCAUUGAACUUUGGAGUUUUCAUAACCUAAUCGUGACACCAGAUUUUUGUGGACUUCCAAAUCUUGAAAGAUUCAUCCUUACUAGGUGUUUCUAUUUAGAAGAGAUUCAUCCAUCAAUUGGACGCUUGGAAAGACUUGUUUUCUUACGUAUAGCACACUGUCCCCGUCUUGAGAUGUUCCCACCCAUUACCCAACCAAAGAAACUUAAGACCCUUGAAUUCUCAAGUUGCCCCAAACUUUUUAAUAUCUCAGAGAUCCAGAAGCAGAACAUUGACAAUUUAGGGAAUCUUGAUUUGGAUAAUAGUGGGAAAGAAGUUGAAUCCUCUAUGGAAUGUUGUUUAGAGGAGCCUUCUUUACCUCGUAACAACAUGAAGCCUUGUUUGCAUGACAACAUGAACCACAUAGGGCUGCAGUUUUUUUUCAAGGACAUAAGAAAGUUGGAUCUAAGCUUUUGCAGUUUGGGAGAUGAAGAAAUUUUCUCUGCUGAUUGGGAGUUGCCCAACUUGGAAGAACUCAAUCUAAGAGGAAAUGACUUUUCACUAUUAAGUUUUAGUCGCUUGAAACUUCCUCGGCUCAAACUGCUAAACGUGUCAUAUUGCCAAGGCCUUGUAGAAAUGUCAGAGCUGCCAUCAAGUAUAGCUGUUAUUUUGGCUGAUUCUUGUACAUCACUUGAAUCCUGUGGAGAUGUUUCAAACUGUAAAUGGUUGUGGAACGUCUCACUUCUGUUUGGGAACAGUUGUGGUGGUGACAUAUUACUACAUUCCAUGCUCCAGGGAAAUGCUAUUCAAGAUCACUUUAUCAUUGUCAUUCUUGAAAGUCAGAUUCCAAAGGAAUUUGAAAGUAGACUAUUUAGGAGGAACACAUUUACACUGCAUUUUCCAGAUGAUUGGUACAAUGACUUUUGCGGGUUCUUAAUAUGUGUGGUCACCGAAGACUUUUCUCCGAAAAUUAAUAUAGUUAUCAAGCAGGGGGUAAUUAAUUAUUAUCCAUUUUGGCUUAUGUCAAAUGAAGUGGAGCCUGAAUCUGAUGGGAUGAGGACAUUUGUAGGAUAUGUUUCCUUUGGUUCAUUGAGGCACACUGCAUUUUCAAACUCAUCUUCCACUAUGAUUUCAGUUUACACAAGCAUAGACAGUUAUGUUGUAGCUAAGCUUGUUCCUAGGAAAUCUAAAGCUCAGGUCCAAACAACAAAAUUCGCAACUGACUUAUCAGAAUUUUAUGAGCAGGAACUCAAUUAUGGCGAACCGACAUUUACUAUCCAAGAUGGUCCAAAUUCUUCUAUCAAUAUUAUAUGGCAAACACCCCAGUCGUCGAGGGCGUAGGGUAUUAGUUGAUUUGGGCCGAGUGAUAAAGAUUUAGGCCAAGGUUGAGAGUGCUCUUUAUGUACUAUAUGAUGUGUUUUAUUACAUUGGAUUGUGGUUCCAGUGGUGCAUGCAUAAAUAUGCAUAUAUUUUCGAUGAAAAUGCAUGUGAGAUAUUGCAAAGCACCCAGUAGACAUGGGUAUAGGGAGGAUCCGAUGAUCGGGGUGCCCACUAUGGCACUGACUUUGGAACUAGUGAUCUAUGGUGGCAACCGGAACGGUUUAAAGUUAUUAGACUAGAUAUUUAUUAUCUUGUAUUUAUGUAUGUAGAUAAGUCGUAGGCUAGCAAUACUUUCCAUAUAGAAUCAUUGUUCAUGUAUUUAUACCUCAUUGGUUAAAGAGAGGCAUCAAGUUUUCUAUGACUUUCAUGGUGUCACAGUUGUUGGUCUUUUGCCAGGGGCAACAAAGACCUUUUUAACCAGAAUAAGAAACAGGGCAUAGGAAAGCAAACUGCACAGGGGACAAAAUAAGUGAUAAAUGACAGGGAAGGGUGAAACUGGAAUAAACAGUUUUAAAGAAAGCUGCACAGUGAACAGAGAAACACAGAAACACAGAUGACAAGUAAAGGCACAAAGAUAGUUUGAGGCAAAGUACUUUUUAUUCACUGAAUAAAAUAAGAAAGCAAGCUGGGAUACAAACACAGCGUACAUAUGCCUUGCUAUUAAACUAGGAAGUUAGCAAGAAAGUAGGAACUAACUAGCUACAUGCUAAAGACUAGGGAACCAUCUUCACACGUGGUCAGGGGCGGAACACAAACACUUUAAGUGGAGGGGCCGAAACCAAAAUUUUAUCUUUACUCAAAUUUUUCAUGUUAGCGACAAUUAACAAAUAAUAUGAUCAAGUAACAAUCAAUAAAUAUCGAAAACUAGCAAUUAACAUACAUUCAAUAAAUAUAUAAAAAUUAAACAGUUAACUAUCUUAAUUUUCAUAAAACUCUAUGCCUAUAAGUUAUUUAAAUACUAGUAUAUGAAUUUUGGAAAUAAUACACAUUAAAAUAACAUUGAAGUAUGGCUGCCUUUUAAACUUUCAAGUUAUUCUUUUCUACCUACUUUAGUGAGAGAAACGAGAGAACCAUAGAGAGAGGAAGAGAGAUCAGAAGAAGUUGCUUACAAGUCCAGAUUCGACGACCAACAUAAUGGAGAGAUGGAGAGCACCAGCAACAGAACAGAGUUGUAGAAAAUGCACCGGCGACGGACUGUCGGAGGUUCCUCCUUGGAUUUACAGGUCCUUCAACCUCAUAAAGGAGAGAGUGGUCAGAAAGGGCGGACAUGAUAGAAGGAGUAGUUGGCACUCCGGCGGUGGCAACGACGUUAUAUUCCUGUGAAAAGGCCGACAAGAUUAGCACUCCGGUGGCCAUGGCCCCCCUUGGCCCUUUAGUAGCUCUGCCACUGCACGUGGUCUUUGAUUUAUUUAAUGAAAGUAAACUAAAUAAUCCUAAUUAAAAUGUGCAGAAAAACACGUGAACUUUGAAUUAUUUCAACAUUUUCCCUCCUAAUUUAGAGUUCUCAACCUUCUUU